UUGUUGUUGUCGUAUCCUCAAAUCGUGUAACUCCAUUUUAAGCCACUUCCCAAUGUGGUGUUGACUGCAAAUGUCGUGGUAUAGUUAUGUCAUACUGAUGACAAUACGAUAUUCUAUCAUUAAAAAUAAAGAUUGUAAACCAUCUUUUUUAUAUGUUAUGUUUCGGCUUGGGUCUAAUUGUCCACGCUCGACUGACGGUGGCUGUAAUUGGCCACUGGCCCUUACCUUGUGGCAAGCUUCGGGGCCACUUUCUGGAUUCGUGGAGUUCUGCCAUUACGAGAAGGCUCCAAGCCACAGUUGCUGAUGGCCUCUGCGACGCGCAUCGCCCUGCUGGGGGCCACGGGCCUCACCGGCCAGCGCCUCAUGGCCCAGGCCCUGCAGCAAGGACACCACGUGACCGCCGUCGUGCGCUCUCCCAGCAAAGUGCAAAUCCAACACGAGAAUCUCAAGGUGAUCCAGGGAGAUGUUUUCUCGACGGAGAGCCUGAAGGAUGCGUUGGUUGGUCACGACGCGGUCAUGUCGUGUUUGGGCUUCACUCCGCAAGAGGUCACAGCUUACGGCGACUCCGCUAAAGCCAUCGUGGAUGCCAUGAGGCAGGCCGGGGUCGGCCGCUUCAUAGCCAUGACAGCCUGGUAUACGGAUGUCGAUUCCCAGGCCAAUGCUCCUCGGUUUGUUCGUUGGAUUCUGCUGCCCAUGAUCAGACCAAUCCUUGCCAGCAUGCGUGUCAUGGAGCAGUUCCUGUGCACCGAGUGCUCUGACAUCAACUACACCGUCGUCCGUCCACCGGGCCUGAAAAACGAGCCACCGACGGACAAGGAGAUCGAGGUGGUGGAGGGGAUGUUCGUGCCCGUGCAGGACUCCGGCUGGCUGGGCACCAAGGGCUCCCAGGUGUCCCGUGGGGACGUGGCGCGAUUCAUGCUGCAAGUCCUCACCUCGCACACCUGGGACCGCAAAGAGGUGGCCAUGACGGUCCUGUAGGCCCUCUGGCCGUGCCGGGCAGUGGCUCUGUAUAGAACCAAACCCCAAAUGCAGCCACAUACCAACGUGUCUUUCUUGAAAGCCAUUUUUUGUGAAAUAUUAAGCUGUAUUUGGCAGAGGAAAUAUAAUUUUCUCUUUUUUGUAAUUAAUCAAUGCUGCUGCUGCAUCAAAAUGAUCUUGCCUCAUGCAAUAUAACAUGAAAAUAUAAAAUAUAUAUAUCGCGGGGAAACGUAAUUGUGAUAUAAAAGGACGUAAUGUGGGGUUGUAUUUAAUUUGUAUCUUUUUACAAAUGACCCGUUCCAAAAGGGAUAGAACACAAGCGUAUGGUUGCAGUGCAGACGAUGAAACGUUCCCAAUGCUGCCCCUUAUCUCGAGACCCGUGGGGGGCACGGUGGUGGAGUGUGCGUAGACUGCACAGGCGGCACCGAUGCAUGCAGUGUGAAUCAUUCAUGUUUGACGUUCCUUUAAAUUGUAGCACUUUUAAACACACGAGAGCACUAAAUAAGAACGUGGUGUGUCUCGGUGAACGUUGCCCGCUGUGACAUAUCCACCAGAGACGUGGCCCUUAACCAAUAUAAACAGAACAUGUGCCGAAAAGUGAGCAGACAAAAACGGCGAGGUGUAAGGCAGUACAGCAAGUCCCCGAGUUGCGGAAGAUUCGAUGUUUGGAAAACCGAUUUUAUGGAAAUGCUCCCAAAAAUCAUGUUUAAGAAAAAUGGAUAUGCUUAAAUUGUAGCGUUAGUUACGUAAGUGCAAAUACUGCAACGCGGUGAGGUUGCGGAUGAAUACCAAAACGCCGCCUUCACCGAGCCCAAGCUUCACUCGGAUCAAGGUAGAUGGAAUUUUUGUAGCGUCAUGUAAUUAUUUUGUACCAUUACCUAAUUGUUUGUUUUCUAUGCUUAGAACUAUCUUUCCCCCCCCCCCCCCCCAUGUUUCUAUUGCUACUUUUCUUCAUUUUAAGUUUAUUUCAGGAGUUAUCUACUGUGUGUACUGUGUGUGUGUUUAGACGAGCCUACUCCACCUUUGUCUUUGUGUGCAUGUAUAUGUGUGUGUAUGUGUGUGUAUGUGUGGCGGAGUGGUUAGUGCGCUGCGCUACAAACCUGGUGACCCGAUUUCGAUUCCCGCUCACAGCUAACACCAGUGACAAUAAUCUGAACCGGUCCUGGGCCUCGCCUAGGUCGACUCAGCCUCAAAUGAGUACCUGGUGCGAUGUGUAAAAAUAUUGCCACUAGGGAGACCAAGGCGGCCAGGCGUGGUGCUGGCCACCCACCCCCUCGUGUGCCAUUCCGGUCUUCAUAGGUGCUCGCUAACAGCACUUGUCCCAGCAAUCUGUGAAGGCUACGCGGGGGUGUUUGUGUAUGUAUGAACAAACAUUCGGAAGUGACUGCUUUCUGUUAACAAUUAUUAAAAUGUUUCGUGGUAUUCAUGAACAAUUGGAUGCAGUAUGUGUUAGGGUAUACGAUGAAAUUAAAGAAUCACAGGCAAUGCAAAGUGUAUGUACAGCGAUACGAUACAAGGUAGCGAUAGAAAACGGACGACAGUGUGAAUCAGUACUGAGAGAAAACGACCUCGUAAUCGGGAAUAAGAGUCACAACUAUUUCCGGCUUUGGGGUUUUAUCUUGAUUUUGGGGAAAAAUUGUUCAGUUUCCGACAUGUGGAAUAUUCGGGUUACGGACAGUUCCUCGGGAACCUAACCCUUCCAUAACCUGGGGAUUGCCUGCACUUGGAAUUGCACUGAGAAACAUGAAGGAGAACCCGUGGUUUAUAGAACAUAAUGCAAGUUAGACUCACAUGGAGAGGGAGGGAAAGUGAGUGGGCUUGGGCAGGACAUGUCACACCUGGCAGGGACGGUGGACGGUGGUUAAGACUAACGCUGGAGUGGCAGCCAGAGGAGGAAACUCGCCCGAGAGGAGCUUCUGCCGUGGCCACGGAGAGAUUACAUCGGCUCGUGCACAGGCUCUACGUGGAUUGUGUGGCCUCCAUCGUGUGAGAGCUGGUGAAGGCCUGGGGACCCUUCGUCCAUGCAUUGGUUAUGUUUGGUGACUUUUGAGCAAAGUUCUUUGUGCUCAUGGCAAGGCAGUGUCAGGAUGCUUUUGUUUUUUUUGUUUUCACUUGUACGAGCUUCAAGAAAAGCAAUGCCAUCCUUAUUCAGGGAUGCCGCCAAUUUGGCGAGAUGUUAACUACCUCGCCUGGUAUACAGGAGGCCGUGGGCUCGAUCGUGACCCUGACGCCUGCUGUAUAUUUGGAGUUUGCAUGUUCUCCCCAUGGUAGCGUGGAUUUUUCUCCGUGUCCUCCGGUUUUUCCCUCCACAUAUAGAAACAAGCGUAGAGAUUAUUUGGCUGCUAUACAUUUCCACAUGAAAAACCACUUCAUUGAGCUAUAAUUUGUUGCCAGCUCGCUUCUGAAAAAGAGCUAUAUAGCUGAGUGGGCCUUAUCUCGUCAAAUAAAAAAAUAUUUUAGUUUAAUAACUUGCACGAUACCGUGACAUUCUUUUGUUGCGAACAAAAAUGUAAUUUAAAUGACAUUGUGAAAUAUUGAGCUAUUUUACUCAGGUUGUUUUAAGGGACUAAAUAUAUAAUGGAACUUUUCGGAUCUCGAAGUUACCCAUAUGGACAUGCAACCAAAGUAAUGUGGUGUUGCCUAGAAUAGGUCUCCUUUUGUGAUUCAUGUAGGAAUGAUGUAUGACGACAAUCACGACUCAAUUAAUCCUCACACUUUGACCACGUCUAGAAGUGAACAAGCGGCAUCAGCAGCAGUCGGUUGGUACUGCUCGUUCUAUACCGUUGGUCACACGUGACAUUCGGUUCGGUCACCAAAGCAUCCCACAAAUGUCUACUCCGUGCUCGAUGCCAAAUUAGCGUGUGGUGAUUGUGCACGUUUCCACGCUCCCGAUUCUCGGCUUUACUCUGCAAAGAAGAAUAACAACACCAGUUGACACUGCUGAUUGUAGACAAUUUGGUCAUGCCUGAGAAGGGUGUGCUUGGAUGCUCUCCAGUCUGGAUGGUGGGUGCAGGGGGGCUGCAAAUGAAACCUCGUCUCAUCAUCAGUGUCAUCAGAACGCCUCGGCGAGUUAACAAAAGCAGCAUGGUGCCUAAAGUCACGUGCAUGCCUAUCAACCUUUUACAUUUUGUAACCGUCUUCGUAUCUCUGCAUUCAUUACAUUCAUCGUGUGGACAUGCCCGAUCUAAACACCGAGCAUCAGAUUCCUCUGUUGCCAUCAUGCUUUACACAUGAUUGUUUUGUGACAUGCAUAAUGAAUAAAUAUAAUCUCUUAA